CAAGCACAUCAUCAGUCAGGUGUGGUAUUGCUUUUUGUUUAACUCAGAGGACAAGAGCAGGGAGAUCACACAGUGAAGGAACACCCUAGGAAAGUCUCUGUGCUGUGAUUUUUCUCCACAGAAGACAUUUUACAGCUCUACAAUUGUUUCUGGGAGAAGGUAUAAGGAACUGUCUGUGGAGUCCUGCUGCUGCAGCUUGUCAGUCCAACACAGGAAAAUCCUGCUUUUGAUUGCAGGUGCCCUUCCCUUUAAGGGAAAACAUGGACACGGACCAUUGGAGGAAAAUGCUCCCCAUAGCCACUGUGUACAUUGCCAUGAGAAACAACUUGGGUUGAAGGUCAUUUCUCUCCAUGCAACGCUACUCUCAUUACAUUGCACCAAUGGACCCUCAGGUUUGUCCACCACCUCUCAGUAGCAGCCAGUCAGUGAUUAGUGGCCUUGACAAAUCCCCAGCAAGCACUUUCAGACCUGGCCACUCACGGAGCAGCAGCACAGGUUCUGGCAAGCACUCAAAACAGUCUCGGCACUGGGAGGUAGUGGAUGACUUGCAGCAUGUUGACAGGGGCUUGGUUCCAGGGUCAUCUGGAGAUCUCAGUAUUCCUGGGAUCUGUGAGGGCUACUUGAUGAAAAGGAGAAAAUAUCCGCUCAAAGGCUGGCACAAAAGGUACUUUCUGUUGGAGAAAGGCAUUCUCAAGUACUCAAAGACCCAGCAAGAUAUUCAAAGAGGGAAGCUGCAUGGCUCUCUGGACAUCAGCAUGGCUGUCAUGUCUGUGAAUAAGAAGACCAAACGCAUAGACCUGGAUGCUGGAGACAACCUGUAUCACCUCAAGGCAAAAAGUCACGACAUUUUCUACAUCUGGUUGACCAAGCUGUGUGCCCAUCGUGUGUUCAGAAAAAAUGAGGCCAUGAGUGUCCACCGUGGUGUGCUUCAUGCGCUUUCUUUGGGCCAGAGCACUCUCCCGGCUUUCUCUCAGCAAAGCAGAGCAACAAUUCCUCACUAUGCCAGCUCUGCAUCGGUGUACCAUCCAGAGAUGGCAAGUCCUGCCCCAGCUGUUGCCAGUCAACCAGGUGUGACCAGCAAGGUAUCAGCUUGGCUGCAGCAGACCCACGACAUAGAUGCAACCUCCAAUGAACUGGCUCGUUGUCAGGCAGAUCUGACAGAACUGGCUCAACUUAUCCAGAGACUGAAUUGGCUGGAAGGAGGCUACCCUAUCACUAACACAGACCUGGAGAUGCGAAUCAGCAUGCAGAAUCUCUCCCUGGAAAAACCCAAGAAAAAGAAUGGGCGAAUGCCGGGUCACUCCAGGACUCUGUCUCGUGCUGAGGCCAUGGGGGGAAUGCAGUUCACUUCCAGUCAUCUGAGCACAAAUUCCACUUCUGUACAGUCCAUUCCAAACUACGUCUACUCUCAGCUGUCCAAUCCUCAAGUCACCUCACCUGAAGCUAAGAAGCUCCACCAGGAGAUCUGCACUUCUUCUCAGAGAGUUCACAGUUCUCUGAAGUCCAUUCAUGAGGUUUUGACCUUGGAGCGUGAGAGACUGAGGCAAGCCUGGACCGGCCCAGACAUGCGGCAGAACACCUCACAGCAGCUCGCUACCAUCUGUAGCACAUUGUCUGAGCUUGAUAUACAGUCCCAUCUGACCAAAGUCCAUUCGCUUUCCCUGUCCUCUGACUCUUCUGAAGAAUCCUUCUGCACUGUCCGUCCAGACCAGAGAACGCCUUCCUUAAGUCGUCACAGUAACCGUCCACCUUCAGUGGCAGAUUCUAUGGCAGAGUAUUUUGAUGCUAGCGAGGUAAUAGUGUGCGAGACUUCGUCAGAGGCCGAGGCUUCUGAUGAAUCGGGCCUGAGUGACAUUACCACCACUAGCACAUCAGAGCCUGAAGAAGGACAUUCUGCUGCUACUCUUAACUACAGAGAAAGUUUGAACAGUGCAAGUCACAAGCCACGGCCAGUGCCUCCUGAUACUGGUCGUCGCACUACCCUGCCUGCCCCCUGCGCAGACAACAGCCACAUUGGCAUUAUGACCAUCCUCUACAACAACAUUGGCAAGGAUCUGUCCAGAGUGUCUAUGCCAGUUGCUCUCAAUGAGCCACUCUCAUUGCUGCAGAGGCUCAGUGAAGAACUGGAGUACUCUGAGCUGCUGGACAUUGCCAGCAACAUUGAUGAUCCAUAUGAGAGGAUGGUUUAUGUAGCAGCAUUCUCCAUCUCUGGUUAUGCCUGGGCAUCCUGGAGGAAUCGUUACAAACCCUUCAACCCUGUCCUGGGUGAAACGUAUGAGAAUUACAGAGAAGACAAAGGAUUCCAAUACAUUAGUGAACAGGUCAGUCACCAUCCACCCAUCUCUGCUUGCCAUGCAGAGUCAGAAAACUUCACUUUCUGGCAAGAUCAGAGAUGGAAGUACAAGUUUUGGGGCAAGUCUGUGGAGAUCAUCUCUUCUGGACUGGUUAAUGUUACCCUACCCAGGUAUGGUGAUCACUAUGAAUGGAAUAAGGCCGUUACAUGUAUCCACAAUGUCCUGAGUCAGCAACGCUCUUUGGAGCACUAUGGUGAGGUGAUCAUCAGAAACACAAAGAGUGAUGUGUGCACCUGCAAGAUUACCUUUGUCAAGUCCCGCUACUGGAGCUCGGACAGCAGUAAGAAUGAGGUGCAGGGUGUGGUUUUGGACCAGGCUGGGUCAGUGAUUCAUCGUUUCGGAGGUCUCUGGCAUGAAGGCAUUUUCUGUGAUACUCUACCUACACCAAAAUGUAUCUGGAAACCCAAUGUACAGCCUGAUGACUAUGUCAAGUUCUAUGGCUUCUCAAGUUAUGCCAGGGAACUUAAUGAACUGACUUCAGAAUUGAAGGCUGUCCUUCCACCUACGGAUACACGUUUCAGACCGGACCAGAGGCUCCUGGAGGAGGGAAAAAUAGCAGAAGCAGAUAAAAGGAAGGAUGAGGUGGAGGAGAACCAAAGGGAAAGGAGGAAAGAAAUGGCCAAGAAAGGGGAGGAACACAUCCCCAGGUUCUUCAGAAAAUCGGUGGAUGAAGCUGGCAGAGAGGUGUGGCUGUACAGUGGGACAUACUGGAUGCUCCGCAAAGACCCUGGCUUUGCCAAUACUGAAAAUCUGGAUCUGUGGUAGAACUCUACACCCACCUGAAUAUGAGGCUGAAUGAAAGCGGAUCCAUGUGAACACAUAAUGGCAGAAUGAACAUGUCGUCAAUAAAAGUAAUCAGCUAUAACUAUUUGUGAUUAUUAGCCUGGUGAAGAAUAAACAGUAUUGACCCAACAGCGGUGACCAAAGGGCCAAAAUACUGCUACCAGUGGUGCAAGGGUAUAGAGGGAAAGGGCUUUAAGAAGCAUAAAUGAACCUCUCAUUAGUUUCAUUUUGGUUCCAGUGUAGAGAUGAGAUGCUACUAAGGUACAAAUGAAGACUGAUUUAGAUGAAGCCAGAUGUCUUUCCUGCCUUUUUGCCUUUCUCUGCCAUAAAGAAAAUCUGAAAUAUUAUCAUUUAUGUUUAAGAAGCAAAGCUUAACUUGAAUUCUAUUUUAAAUUGCUGCCAUUUAGGAAAAAAUUGGGUAAAAUGUUUUCUUGAUGUAAAUAGUAGGUGAUUUAUAACAUUUUAUGUCAUGUGUUUGUAAAUUUUAAUAUCAGGCUCAAAGUGUUAAAUGCUUUCUUGUAGAGGGGCUUAUGUGGUAUUUUGCAGGUGAACUGGUGCUGUUCUCAGUGGGUCUUACUGUUUAAACAAAGUCUGUAUGCAUGUUGUGUUGGGUCACAUUGGUGAAUCCAUAUACCAGAAUGAAUCAAGCGCCAUUUCAACCCAGCAUUCUUCAUUUCUCUCUGUCCUUGAUGAGCUGAAACACCGCUUAGACAUUUAGACUGUGAGUUGAAUCAGUGAAGGGUUUUUAUGUUUCAAUAGUGGAUUUUUAAUAAGGAAAAGAGAUGGCUGUUAAAUCAUUGUGAAUGUUUUUUUUCAGUGGUUUAGUUUCAAAUAAAAGGUUCUAGAUCAACAUUAAACUUCUGUUCAUUACUAAACUGCACUACAAAAUUGCUGCCUAGAAUCUGGACUUGUAUUUAUAAAGAAGUGAAUAUUUGCAACGGUGGUUGUUGUGAAAUCCUCCAGUGUUGACUCAUGCUUCUGUUUGGUUAUCUUUCAAGGCUGUCAUUAUGUUGCACACGCAAGCAACUGAAGCAUGCUAACACGUAGAAAGCAGGUGUACAUGUUGUAACAUUUGUUUGUUUUUGUUUUUUUUCCCCUAUUCACCAGGAAGUGAAACUCUUAAUAUUCUUUAGAUUCUUGAGUAGCAGCAUAUUUAAUCUCUUAUCAUCCACCGAAGCGGUUUACUAUACACAGUUGGCAAGAUAUGUGGCCUUGUCAGUUUUGUCAUGAAAGUGAACUACUUCUUUUUACCUGGCUAAAUCACAACUUAUGCUGAACACAUGACCUGCUCCUGUCCAGAGGUCUUUACAACAAAACCGGCUUCUGGCUUAUUCAGGUAAUUUUUUUUUUUUU